AUGGUUUCCUUCCUGGGGCCUCUACCUGUACUAAUCUCCUUGAUACAUGGUACGAUGUUUGUCGAGCAGUCAAUAAUGGGUAAAUCAUCAAUCGAACGAGUCAAACUCAAAGCAAAUGCAGAAAUUCCGAUCGACGGCGUCAAAGUCACCCUGGAUCAGGCGCUAUGUGAUGAAACGAUGAUUAUUAGCGACAUUUUCAAUUUGAAUGAAAUGGACGCUCUCGAACUUGUUCUGUCCGGUGAAAGUCAGAGGAUUCACUUUGACUGUCUCAAUCGCGGUUUGAUCGCUGUUGUCUGCUAUUACGAUGUGCACAGGCUGCUUGCUGUCAUUUUGAGAACUAUGUUGGAUUGGGACAAGGAGACUAUGCAUGAAAGCCUGAGGGGGUUCAUCGAGCAGAAUUUCGUUCAACGCACGAUGUUUCAGCAUCUUCUUCAGCUCCAAGCUAGCUUCAGUGUUGCAACAGAGUUCCAUUUGUUAUCACAGCCUCACGUGAACGGCCUCGGUGGUCCUAAGCACCAGACUCUACUAAGAAAUGUUAUCGAAGAGAUCCGAGAGAAUGUUGCUGAGGCUUUGUAUUCAUUGUGUGAGUGGGGAGCUGAACAUGCCAACGAGUUCCUAAUGGAUGUGUUCCCCGUUCUUAAGGGUGUUCCUCUAGCGGAGAAAUUCUUGGCUCAUCACCUAUCUGCUUGGAUGUGUAUGGUGAAACUGACGUCUCAAACAGUUCUAUCUCAAACGAACACAGCAGCAGCUGUGCUUUCGAAUCUGGUCAAAGAAAUCCGCAACGAGACUUUGUGGAGUGAUCAGUCCGUAUAUAUUACGAAUGUGGAAAUAGACGUUGACAAAGUAGUCGAUCGCGCAGUACGUAAUAUGGCAAUGUUGUUUAUUCGUCACGGUAUCAUCGGAUCAGAUUAUUUCAAAAACUGCUGUACACAUGUUCGUGUGGUGGACGGUUUACUGAAGCAACUAGUGGCUCUUUUCCCAGCUAAGCUUAUGGAAAUCGAACGGAAUUCUGAAGAUGAACUUAACUGGGUGGACGAGAUGUCAGAGAAAGGACAACAGGCUACUCCUGCUUUGCACUACGAAAACCUUCUUCGAUGUUUUUCGGACCUUUAUCGGAUUGUUGACGAUCCAAAAGCUAGUGAAAAUGUGAAGUCGUGUUUAAUAGAACUGAGUACAGCCUUCAGUAGCUCGGGAUCUAUGGAGCUAUGUCGUUUUAUCGAGCGUGCUCGCCUUUCGCAUCAUGUUGUUCAUGCUGUUGCUUACCUUGAUCUACUAUGUGCAAUAUGCCGCAGCCGUCAGGUUGCCUCGUUCAUUUUCGACGUAUUCGCUAGGGUACCAGCACACGAUGAUAGUUGUAUUGGAUGGAACCAUGUAAUGUCGGCUUUGCGGUCAUAUGAAAGACUCUUUCGCGAAAGGCAUGGUGGAACAUCAAUGUUUGGGCAUUCCUUAUCGCAACAACCGCCUAAAGCCGUCAUUCCACCUCGCGAACUAAUUGGGAUGAUAACGUGGAUCAAUCUUUCAAGAAUCGUGAUUACCUUGGAUGAAGAUGCUGCUGAAGUGUUUUUGGAAGAGCGUCAAUGGGCGGUUCUAGAUGCUGCAUUAGGAGUGGUUUCGGCCCCUGUUCCCUUACCUCUGAAAGGAGCUCUUUUAAAAUUGGUGGCGGCAUUGGCGAAGGGAGAUGCUUCUGCACACAGGAUUUGGACGGCGCUCAAUGCUCAUCAGUUGUGCACGUUUGCGGAGAAUGGGACAUUGUUAGGUCUGCAGAAAGAGUUGGAGGAGCGAGAGUGUGCUGAGGAGAUGUACGACACUUCUCUUGGACUCGUGACGGUCUUACGAUCACUUUUAUCGCAUACUCACAUAGCCAUUCCUGAAAUUGCGGCUCCUUACCUGCAAUAUCUCACAAAAUCUAUAGUCUCGCAGAUGGCGUCAAGGUCAUAUAAGGAUAUUGAGCAGUUCGUGAGUAUCAUGAGUCUAUUCUCUCCUUUCCGCGCCGCCUUCGUAACUUCUGUGAUUCUAGAUAGCGGUCGGUCGAAAUCGCUUCUUACAUUGCUGUUUAACAUUUGA